CCUGUGUUGAUCCCCGUCCCCAGUAAAGGCACUCGGAAGCCAUUAUCCUGCAACCAUUUCCUUUUCUUUUAUACCCGAAGAUAAAUCGUUUAAAUUAAUCAAUAAUCUAUUCGUACAAGUUGACUGAGUGCUUCUUGGAUACUUGAGCAUUUACAAAUCGCGAGGGUCGUGCGCCUCUCGACAAUCCUUCGGAUAAUUUCGGCUGCCUUCGUGUGCCGUUGUUUUGAAAUGGACGCGAAUGAACCGGCGGCGAAGCUCGCGUUGCGCGACGCGUCCGACAGCGCGUCUGCGGGAGAGGCUGUGGGUUCGGAUACCGAAUCGGAGGGCGAAGUCGCCACGAUGACUGUGAUGGCAGAAGCGGGGAACAUCGACAUCGACGAAUCACUGCCGAACCCAGACGAUGCCGAAGCGGCUUUUGCGGAGGUCACAGCCGUCACUGUUGGGGACGUUCAGAGUUCAGACGAAACCGUUUACACAUCCACAGUCUCCACAGCAGCGUCCAUCCCUGAACACAUGCUCACAGGCAGAACCACGCUUCAGAUUGGAGACAGUCUGAGUACCCAGAAGGCCACACUGAUCGUGGUGCACACGGAUGGGAGCAUCGUCGACGCCACAGGGCUGAAAGGCACCGCGACACCAAUGACACCAGGUCCCCAGACCCCGAACACCCCUCUGACAUCUGGACACGAUAAAGACGGCUCGAAGUACAACUGGGAUCCGUCGGUUUACGACAACGAGCUUCCUGUGCGCUGCAGGAACACCAGUGGGAUUCUGUACAAAAACAGACUGGGAUCAGGGGGCAAAGGUCGCUGUAUCAGACACAAUAAUAACUGGUUCACCCCGACGGAGUUUGAGAGUAUGUCGGGUCGAGCGAGCAGCAAAGACUGGAAGAGAAGCAUCCGCUACGCUGGCCGACCUCUACAGUGUCUCAUUCAGGAGCGCAUCCUGAACCCUCAUGCAGCGUCCUGUACGUGUGCGGCCUGCUGUGAUGAUCUGUCUUCAGUGAGUGACAUGUGUGCCAAAGACGGGCCGUUCGGAGGGGAGAACAUCACGAUGACGGGCCCCGUCAGGCUCUUCGUCCCGUAUAAAAGAAGGAAGAAGGACAACGAGCGGUCGGCUUCUCCUGAGAAGAAGGAAGUGCAGUCUACAAAGAACAUCACCCUUGCUCCAGGAGCAACAUUUACAGUGACUCCAUCAGGACAGAUCACCACUUCAGGCACGCUGACCUUUGACCGAACGGCAUCAGGAGAGACGGCAGCCAUCCUCUCCGACAGCCCUGCGCCCGCUGACGUCUUCACCAACACAACUGUGUUGACCACCCUUCCUGCGCUGACAGUGGUCCCUCAGCAGGCGCUGGUUCAGGCUAAACCCCCUCCGGCCGGGGCGCUGAUGAACGGGCUGGAGACGGGCGAGCAGCGCACCUGGCUUUACCUGGAAGAGAUGGCCAACACUCUGCUCAGCAACGUCCAGCAACUCAAAGUCCUCAUCGCACAAGCCAAACAAGCCAGUCAGAGCGGAGAGCAUGUCGGCAUCAGCCCAGAGAAGAACAACAGCGUCAGAAAAGAGUCCUUUCAGAGUCAGUUGUCACUCAGUGAAGAACCUGAGGGGAAAAUCACUGAAGUUAUCAUUAAGCACACGUGUGUGAACUGUGGUCGAGAGGCGUCCAGUGAGUGCGCCGGCUGCCAUAAAGUCCAUUACUGCUCCGGCUUCUGCCAGAGGAAGGACUGGAAAGAGCAUCAGCUGAUCUGCUGUCAGCCGAGCACAGUCGUGGGCCUUCAGGAGGACACACACAUGUGUGGAGGUGUGGAGCUGGAGAAAGGGAAGGCCUAGCGCUCCUCACCGCAGGACCGUGUGACGUUUAGAUGGGCGAUCGCUUCCGUUCGGGCUUCAGUUUAGAAGCUCUCUUACACACUGUGAAACAUUAAUCAUACGCGGAUGGCGUCGGUGCUUCAUGUACCAUGUGAACGGCUUCGCCCUCUCACUGUGGAUUUUGUUUGUGAGAAUAGGGAUAGUUCACCAAACAUGAUUUACUCACCCUCAUGUUGUUCCAAACCUGGAUGACUUUGUUUUCUAAACACAAAAAAUAUUUUCAUACACUGAAGCUCAACUCUGUUUAACUCCUAAAUCUCAUUUGUACAUACUCAUGUGAGCAGAACAAAGUCAUAAUGAAAACUUUUAUGAUAUUUUUAUUGCACCUUUUUUGGUAGACAGCCCUCGUCCUCGAACAUUCUUCAAAGCGUAUUAUUUUGCGUCUUAUCGAAGAAAGUCAGUCAAACGGGUUUGAAACAACACUAGGGUGAGUAAAUGAUGACAGAACCGUUAUUUUAGCUGAAUUAUUAAUUUAAUUAAGACAAUAAUAAUAUAAUUUCAGAAUCUAAUUCUAAUGAAGGAUUGCGUUUUUACAGUGUUUUCGAAACAAAACAUUAAACAAAUGGGAAAAUCA